AUGAGUCCAAGUGCCACUACAACAACUCCUGGUACGGCGACGCCGAACCCUGGUGAGCUCGAUCACAAACAACAGUAUGCCGAACUCGAUGCCUCGAGAAUGAUCAAGAACCUCGUUCCGGAAGAUGAGCAAGACUCAGUACCGGCAGUCGACGAUCCCGUCCGUCGAGGUCAGAACUGCACCACAGCUCACAUGGUCCAAGUACCUUGGUCGAUCGAGACGGGUUGGGGGACGCCAGUAAUGAGUCCGUAUGGCAAGAUUGCUCUGGAGCCAACAGCAAGUGUAUUGCACUACGCUACUGAGUCUUUCGAAGGGAUGAAAGCCUACCGCGGAUACGACAACAAACUCCGCCUCUUCCGUCCUCGACUCAACUGUGCCCGCAUGCUCAAGUCCAACUCCCGAGUCGGCCUCCCUUCGUUCGACCCAGAGCAUCUACUCGAAGUCAUAUCCGCCUUCCUCUCCACCGAAUGCCCCCGCUGGCUGCCUCACCAAGGCUCGAAUAUCUACAUCAGGCCGGCCAUGAUCGGCAGCGGCUCCGCCCUCGGCAUCAACCAGCCCCCAGAAGCCCUCUUCUUCCUCUUCGCGGCGCUCUUCCCUCAGUCUUCCGGCCUGCCUCACCCCGGUAUCAAGUUGCUCGCCAGCAGUCCGGAGCACAUCCGCGCCUGGCCUGGCGGUUUCGGGUCUGCCAAGGUGGGCGCCAGUUACGGGCCGGCAAUGGUAUCCCACGCGGCUGCCAAGGCCCAGGGGUGCACCCAGACUUUGUGGCUUUUUGGAGAGGAGAGACUUGUGACGGAGGCCGGCGCUAGCAACUUCUUCGUUGUUUGGAAGAAGAAAGACGGCGAGGGAAUUGAGCUGGUGACCAGUUCGCUUGACACCGAAGUCAUUCUGGAUGGCAUCACGAGACGGAGCGUGUUGGAAAUCGCAAGGGAGCGUUUGACGAAGGAAAACUCUGCCGAGUUUACAAAGUUGGCUCCUUUGGAUGUCGUCGAACGCCCGUUCUCUAUGAGAGAAAUCGUGGAGGCGCAUGCUGAAGGGAGACUGGUCGAGUCUUUUGUGACUGGAACCGCGAUGUUCGUCACCCCGGUUUCGAUGAUUCGGUAUGGUGACUCGAACAUCAACUUCCCUAUGACGGUGACGGAGGACGGCGAAAAGGUUGCUCACUCAAAAUACUCAUCUGCCAUCAAGACUUGGCUUGAAGACAUCAUUUAUGGGCGGACAGAGCACGAUUGGGGAUAUGUGAUCGACGAGGAGUAA